AUGCUCUUCCUGGUACUUCAUAUGGUCUUAUUUUCGGCGUUCGCAGAUGGAAAGGCAGUUGAACAAGACCAAAUGCAUAUUUUCUCCUACGUUCAUCCCGAGUCUCAGGAAGAAGGAGUCCAAUUUCGAGACGGGCACAAUGAAAUCGACAUCGGCGAUGUACCAACGAAUCUAACUAACGAAGAAUAUACCUUCACGUUCUAUAAUUGGGAUUACAGAUCGGGAGAGGUCAUUUCUGAAGAAAGUUCCAUAAGCCAACUAAAAAGGCUGUUCAACAAAAAUUUGGAUACUAAAAUAGUAGUUCACGGCUGGUUAUCUAGCUCACAUUCUUUCGUUGUGCAUAACACAAUCAAAGUGUAUUUGGCCACCCGAGAACUGAACAUGAUCGCAGUCGACUGGAGUACAUUGGCCGGAUAUAAGCUGUACCCCGUCACGACCUACAGCGUGGCCCCAGUGGGCCGUGGGGUAGCCAAGUUGGUGAAGCGAUUAAUGGAGGCGAGGGUGGUUAGCUUGGACCGCCUCCACCUCAUCGGCCACAGCUUGGGCUCGCACGUCAUGGGGAUAGCGGCGCAGACCUUGUCCAAGGAAGGCCAUGGCAAAGUCGCCAGGAUUACAGGACUUGAUCCAGCUUCGCCGUUGUUCGAGUACAUAGGAGGUGAGGAUUCGCGCUUGGACUCAGGAGAUGCAGAAUUCGUGGACGUUAUUCACACGGCAGGAGGUGCUGCUGGUUAUUAUACCGCACUCGGUCAUGCAGAUUUCUAUCCAAAUGGAGGAACACCGAUACAGCCUGCUUGUGAAGAGAUUUCAAUCAAUAUCAUAGGUUGCAGCCAUGGUAUGUCUUACAAGUAUUAUGACGAAAGUAUAGAAAACCCUGAGGCAUUUCCUGCUGUCAAUUGCGAUUCCUGGAAGUCUUAUGCUAACGGUUCCUGUGACAAUAACAAUGGCACCUACAUGGGAGACCCUACUCCAACAAGUACAAGGGGAAUAUUCUACCUGACAACUAAUUAUAAAUCACCUUAUGGCAGAGGAUAA